AUGGAUAACGUCCUUACUGCGGCCUCAGACCUCUUCCCCAACAUCUCCACCAACACUUCUGAGUCCAACCAGUUCGUGCAGCCUGCCUGGCAAAUUGUCCUUUGGGCAGUUGCCUACACAGUCAUCGUGGUGACCUCCGUGGUGGGCAACGUGGUGGUGAUGUGGAUCAUCUUGGCCCACAAGAGAAUGAGGACAGUGACCAAUUAUUUCCUGGUAAACCUGGCCUUUGCCGAAGCCUCCAUGGCUGCAUUCAAUACGGUGGUGAAUUUCACCUACGCAGUCCACAACGAGUGGUACUAUGGUCUCUUCUACUGCAAGUUUCACAACUUCUUCCCCAUUGCUGCUGUCUUCGCCAGUAUCUACUCCAUGACUGCUGUGGCCUUUGACCGAUACAUGGCCAUCAUUCACCCCCUCCAGCCCCGGCUGUCGGCCACUGCUACCAAAGUGGUCAUCUUUGUCAUCUGGGUCCUGGCUCUCCUGCUGGCCUUCCCACAGGGCUACUACUCCACCACAGAGACCAUGCCCAGCAGAGUCGUGUGCAUGAUCGAGUGGCCAGAGCAUCCCAACAGAACUUAUGAGAAAGCGUACCACAUCUGUGUGACCAUCCUGAUCUACUUCCUGCCCCUGCUGGUGAUUGGCUAUGCAUACACUGUGGUAGGGAUCACACUGUGGGCCAGCGAGAUCCCUGGGGAUUCCUCCAACCGUUACCACGAGCAAGUCUCUGCCAAGCGCAAGGUGGUGAAAAUGAUGAUCGUGGUCGUGUGUACCUUUGCCAUCUGCUGGCUGCCCUUCCAUAUCUUCUUCCUCCUGCCUUACAUCAACCCAGAUCUCUACGUCAAGAAGUUCAUCCAGCAGGUCUACCUGGCCAUCAUGUGGUUGGCCAUGAGUUCCACCAUGUACAACCCCAUCAUCUACUGCUGCCUCAAUGACAGGUUCCGUGUGGGCUUCAAGCAUGCCUUUCGAUGCUGCCCCUUCAUCAGUGCUGGUGAUUAUGAGGGGCUGGAAAUGAAAUCCACCCGAUACCUCCAGACCCAGGGCAGUGUGUACAAGGUCAGCCGCCUGGAGACCACCAUCUCCACUGUGGUGGGAGCCCAUGAAGAGGAGCCAGAGGAAGGCCCCAAGGCCACACCCUCAUCCCUGGAUCUCACCUCCAAUGGCUCUUCUCGAAGCAACUCGAAGACCAUGACAGAAAGUUCUAGCUUCUACUCUAACAUGCUGGCUUAG